UGAAAGAAAUCCUUGACAAUGGUUCACCAAACUCGCACACCCAGCAAGGCCAUUCCCGCCAAGCACCUGAGUCCCAUGCGGACCGUGGAGGGUCUGGGCGGAAAGUACGCCGUUUCCAGCAGUCCGGCGGAUAGUUUCCUGCGGAACACCAGGCUCACGGCUCAGAGCAGCUCCCAGCAGUCGGCCGCCUUCAAAUACAACCAGAUGGUCACCCACAAUCGGGAGCAGUUCAAUAACCUGCACUUCUGCUAGGAGACGGGAUGUGGAUGCACGUCGUCGCUGGAGAGACCGCAUUGGAGGAGGGAUAUACCACUACUCGUACGAUGGCGAUUGUUUGUCACAAUACUUAAUGGCAAUAAAUUCAUUUUGAACAAAUUUCCACAUA